AUGCCGGUCAUGCCCAUCCCCCGGCGGGUGCGCUCCUUCCAGGGCCCGCACACCACCUGCCUGCACGCCGCCUGCGGCCCGGCGCGCAGCACGUACAACAACUUGGAUGUGUACGUCCGGGCACGCCGGCCCUACCGUGUACGUCCGGGCACGCCGGCUCUACUGUACGGCCGGGCACGCCGGCUCUACGGCUUCGUCCGCUUCCUGCCCUACUUCAGCUGCAGCCUCUUCACGGCUGCGCUGUGGGGCGCGCUGGCCGCUCUCUUCUGCCUGCACUACCUGGGCGCGCGCGUCCUGCUGCGCUUCCAGCUCAAGCUGUCGGCGCUGCUGCUGCUGCUGUUGCUGCUGCUGCUGCUGCUGCUGCUGCUGCUGUUGGGCCUUCGGCGCGUGGACUUCCGCCUCCUCAACGAGCUGCUGGUCUACGGCAUCCACGUGAGCUUGCUGCUGGUUGGGGGCCUGGGCUGGUGCUUCAUGGUCUUCGUGGACAUGUGA